AGCUAGCAGACUAACGGUGCAUUUUGGUUGAUACCACAUUUUAAGGAGUUGGACAACGCUUUCCUAGCUAAUAUUAAUGAUUGAAAGAGAAAACAUCUCACACCUAUUGCAUGACUAUAGAAAUUGAUGUUGAUUGUCAAAAAACUCAGUAUAACAGUUAUCUAGUUAACGUAGCUACUAGCUAGAAAAAGUUAGCUAGACACUUGUAGAGCUAAUUUAGCUACUCGAGCUAGUUGCAAUGGAGUUGAGAAGUGGUUGUUUAAUUUAUUAUUAGCCAGUCAAAAACGCAUCAAACGUGAUGAAGGACCGGUUGGAUGAAUUAACCGAAAGCAGGACACAAGCAGAGGAGGAUGUCAGAGUCACAGUUGACAGUGAUGGAUUUAUGGAAGGGUUUUUCAGAAGGGUGGAAGAGGUUAGGGGGCUCAUUGAUAAGAUAUCUUCUGAAGUGGAGGAGGUGAGGAAGAACCACAGCAUGAUCCUGUCUGCACCCAAUACAGAUGAGAAGAUGAAAGAUGAACUUGACCGGUUGACCAAUGAGAUCAAAAGUGAUGCCAACUCUGUGCGAGUUAAGCUUAAAUCUAUGGAGCAGAGCCUGCCCAAGGAUGAUGUUUCUAACAGGGCCUCAGUUGAUUUCCGCAUUCAGAAAACCCAGCACACGGUGCUCUCCAGGAAGUUUGUGGAAGUCAUGAGUCAGUACAACAAGACUCAAGUGUCGUUUAGGGAGAGAAGCAAAGGAAGGAUCCAGAGACAGCUGGAGAUAACUGGGAGAGUGACUAGCAAUGAGGAACUGGAGGACAUGCUGGAGAGUGGCAACCCAUCCAUUUUCACAUCUGAUAUCAUCUCUGACUCUCAGAUCACGCGGCAGGCCUUGAAUGAGAUUGUGUCACGGCACCAGGAUAUCAUCCGCCUGGAGUCCAGCAUCAAGGAGCUCCAUGCCAUGUUUAUGGACAUGGCCAUGCUGGUGGAGAAUCAGGGGGAUAUGAUCAACAACAUAGAGAACAACGUCUCCAAUGCAGCUGAAUACAUAGGCCGUGCCAAAGAGGAGACCAAAAAAGCUGUGAGAUACCAGAAAAAAUCCCGGAGGAAAUUGUUCUGGCUUGCCAUUUGUGUGGCACUGGCUCUCCUCAUAGUCAUCAUAAUAGCAACAAUAUUUGACUGACCAUUGAGAGGCCCCACUGUUCAGAACAGCAGAUGAGUCUACAGCAGUUUCUCACACCUUUGGGGCCAAGUUCCAGUCAUCAUACCCUGCUCAAUUUUCAACUACUCCUCCAAUACCAAGACGGGCAUUUCACUUCUCAGAGGACAAUAGAUCCAGCUGUAUCCACCAUGUUAUUACAAUAUUACACCUCUUGACUCCAUAUAAUGGCUGAGUCAGUGGCCUUGGCUUACACAAUUUCACAGAAGUCCUAGGGCUCCUAGGAAAACAUUCUCUCUUGCUGCAAUAAUACAGGGUAGCCUUUUUUACUGUCCGUGCAAGUAACUAGAAUGAAGUCUCUACAGGAUUGCCAUAGGCUACAUGUCAACAAUGACUACCAUUGCAAACUACAUAGACAGACAAAGACUCACCUCUACUGCUGCCAUAAAGGCUAAUAACACGUUACAUGGUAAGUAGAGAGAUGUCACUUUCAAACUUUACUGAGCAGAAUGAUUUUUAUCUACACCAUAAGUUAGACACUUUAAAGCAAUUCAUUUCUAGCUCUGUGUUAAAAUAUCAACUUCAGUUUAUGUAAUUUUGUUCAAUUUAGUGUAACGACCAGAACAAGAUGAUUUCAUACAGCUUAGGUGUAAUGUUUUUUUCCUUGUGAUGAUCAUGACUAAAUGUGCCUUAAGAGAACCGAACACUAUAAUACUUAAGUGUACUAAUUAAUACACUCCCAAUGAAAACUUUGAUUGGAAACCAUUUCACUGUUGGGAUGCAAUGUUUGUGUCUUGUUUUGACUACUCCUAUUACUUUGGUCUGCACUUAGAUUUUUAUUUUAUUUCUAUGAUUUAUUUAAGUGUCAUACACCUACUGGUGCCCAGCCCACAUGGGUUUACAAGACACAACAGAACCAAAUAACAUUUGACAAAUUAUACAUAUCAUACGCCUACAAUAAUCAUGGCCAGUAUAGCUACCAUCUAGCCACUGUACACACAAAGUUGAUAUCUCCUGUCCUGGCAUCGUGAACAAACUGAGCAAUCUCAAACACCAUGUCUGAAACAGAAUUCAAGCCUCAAAGACAAAAUCCAUUUAUUGUUUUAUUGACCUGUAUGACAACCUGAGACGUGUUCUUUUUUUGUAACAUUUUGGUGAUAACUCUGAAGUUUUCUGGU